GGAGGGGCAUGGCGGAGGUGGUGGAGUUCCGGGUGCCCACGGGGAGUGCCCAGACGCUGCUGGUCUGGGGGCUGGAGCCGCGGCCGGGCCUGGAGCAUUCCCUGUUUUUAGCCUUUUCCAAAUUUGGGCCGCUCUACUCGGUGCGAGCGCACAGAAAUGCUGCCGUGGCAGGACCUGGGUGUUACGCCGUCAUCAAGUUUUAUUCAGCCGGAGAUGCUGGCAGAGCCCAGCGUACGUGCAAUGGGCAAAGGCUGUUUCAGAAAUCUCCCUUGAAGGUUUGUGUUUGCACCAAGCAGAAAGGGUUUCAGCAACAAGUCCUUGCUCUCAACAGCAACAAGUGCCAGGAGUUGGCAAACCACUACCUUGGCUUCAACGGCUGGUCCAGUCGUAUCAUCACGCUGCAGAAUGUAUCUGGCUUUGAUGGUGAGAACGAAGAACUGGGAAAGACGUUACAGAAGCGAUCCGUGAAAUAUCUGUGUGCUGUAGAGGUGACACUGCCCAACCAUGGGGUGCACACCAGGGGAGUUGCCCUCAGCGAGACAGAUGUAGAAAACAGUGAAGAUCCUCUGGAGUUCGUCACAGCCUCAAGAAGAGUUCAGAAACUCGCAGUCGGGAAGGCUUUGUCUAGCGCCUUUCAGAAGAUACUCCUUGUAGUCUUAGAGAAUGGGAAAGUGGCCGUGGAGUACAAUUCCACCCAAGAGGAGCUCGCAGACACCUUAACAGAGGAAGAACUGAAGGGGCUUGUUCAGGUCAGUGAAUUGUCCUCGGAACAGUUUGACCUCGAAGAAGAAGUUUUGUCUGAUCUCAGUUUUGAUGACGAGCUCCCUAGCUGGGACAUGCCAUCUAAUUAGUGCAGCUCUGUCUUCACAUUGUUUCCAGAAGUUCUGCAGUGUUUGAUUAAGAAUGAAAGCCUAACGCUGUGAAAUGACAUGUGCGUCAUAUGCAAUGUUUUCUUUUUCUCUGAAUACGUAACAGCAAAAGAAAUGGGCAAUAAACCUAGUGUUACUAAAAUUAAGCCCAAAAAUAUAUGCUGUUUUUGGAGAGGAAGUGUUUUCCUAUCAACUUAUCCAGGUCAGCUAUAUAUGGAAGCCAGUGUAACUGCAUGAUUAUUAUUUAGACAGCAGAACAGAUGUGCAGAGCACUUACAGAAAAAUAAAAGGAAUGAGCCCUCCAUGCAAGAGCCUGCGGUGCAGGUUCGCUCUGCUCUGCAGGAAAAGCCGGGGACGGCAGAAGGAGACGCUUUACCAGCAGGAGUAGCUGUGGUACAGGCACAGGAAAAAGUAUUUCUCUAAAUGAAAUUUCUUUAAAAGAAAUAAACCUGUCCUAUGAUAAUGUCUUGUGCCGCAUGUGUUGAGCCCUAACUACAAGUAGUUGGGAUGUUAUCACGCUGUAAAGGAAAGAUUCUUUCUAAUUUUGAACAGGAUUUUCAUUAAAUUAAGUAAAAUUUGGUAAACCUGUGUGAUGAAUGAAUCUCAGGAAGGGGCAUCAAGGUCCCCCGAUCACAAGGUUGUGUGGUGGGAGGGGGAUGCUUAUUUGAUAACAGACCCCCGCUCAGAUUUUUUGGCUUUGUCUUUGAAAAAAAGAUGAUUGGAAAACGAGAGAGCUUAGGGAAGAGCCACAGGAAUGAUUUGAGAUCCCUCUUGAAAUGAGAGGCCUGUUUAAUUUAACAAAAAAUUGAGGAAAAGGGUGAUUUGCUCCAGCAAAAGACACCUGACACCGAGUGAGCUUUUUAACCGGGAAGGUGAAACAAGAUCCGGUGGCUGGA